AUGAGUAAACAAGCUGCUGACAUACCAGAACAAAAGGACUCCAGACGGGUCUCAAAACCUCUCAUGGAGAAAAGAAGGAGAGAUCGCAUUAAUCAAAGCCUAGAAACUCUGAGGAUGCUAUUACUUGAGAAUACACACAAUGAGAAACUCAAGAACCCUAAAGUGGAAAAGGCUGAAAUCCUGGAAAGUGUUGUGCACUUUCUAAGAGCUGAACAAGGAUUGGGGACUGAGCCUUUUCAAAUCACUAGAGGAAAAAGAGCACGCACGGAGGAGUAUGAUGAGGAACUGAGCUCACCUAGCAAAUGUCAGAGCUACCGUGAUGGAAUGAGGACAUGUCUCAUACGAGUCAGCAAUUUUAUUGCGAGCAAGAGCCAUGAGUUUGGACAGGGAGUGGAGAAAGCAUGUGCAAACCUUCAGAAAUCACACUCAAUGCAAGUUCAGCUACUGUCCACACCAUCCCAGAGAGAAACUCAGGUGCAUCUCUUUGAGGACUCAUCACUGCCAGCACAGCAGCAUCUCACACCAUCUGGCUGUGCGAAGCUUGCACAAAGAACUGUUCUGUCUGCUCCCACCAUGACUUCAAGUCCUAUGCAACCUGUAAUGCUCUGUGACCCUGUCUGGAGACCUUGGUAG